ACGGAUACAGACGGUUGCCUUCUGAGCACUGACGUUGUUUGUUGAAGCUCUGCGUUUUUUUACUCCAUAUUAGCAUCUAUUAUUUUUAAUAGCUACGCAGGCUAUUGAAAGUAGCGAAGCUGUGUAGCCAGUUAGUAAUCUCAGUUAUUGAACAGAUCGCCAAAGGCAAAGCGACGUGUAUUGGCGGAAAUCAGAUGGACUUUUGACUUGACAGCAAUUGCAUAUCGACACGAGACGCUUCCCAGAUAAAAUUUAAUACAUAAGUAGUUUGUUCGAUUACUUUCCAAAUUUUGCGAUUACUUUAUCGGUCGUUCAGACUACAGCAUAAUAAAUGGUUCUACUUUCCUUUGAUAAAGGAAAUUCGAAUAUAAACAACAAAACAAACAUUAAAAAAAAAGAUUUCUGUGGUCUGUUCGACUUGUGACCUGACUGGUUAAGUCAUAGGUGUGUUUGUACUUCAAAUCGAACAAAUCGGUUUCAAAGGUAUAAAAGAUUGUUGUAAUUGAUAUAUCGGAUAUGGAGCCUACCACUCAACAAAUCGCUGAUCUUAGGAAUAAAUUUUUGAAGAAACUCGAGGCUGAUGGCGCACCUGAACCUGAUGGCUUCCAUCCAGCUGAUAUUGCCAGGAUUAAAGAUAAAGAUGACUGGCUAAAACGAUUUUUGGAACACAACGAACUCAAUCUUCAUGAGUCUCUCAACAUGUUAUGGGAAUCCUGCGAGUGGAGAAAGAAAUUUGGCUGCAAUGAUAUUACAGAAAAUAACGUAAGGAGAGAUUAUUUAGAGGAGGGAGCAUUCUUUGGCCACAGUAAAGAUAAAGAUGGAAAAACACUACUUAUAUUCAAAUCCAAGCUCCACAAUAAAGGAACCAAAGAUGCUGCUGAGCUACAUCGAUGUGUCGUAUACUGGUUUGAAAGAUUGGAAAGACAAGACAAAGGAAAUCAGAUAUCCAUAUUUUUUGACAUGGCAGAUACUGGCAUAUCAAAUCUGGACAUGGACUUCACAAAAAAUUUGAUUGGCCUUUUCAAAAAUUACUAUCCAAACUUUCUCAACUAUAUCAUCAUCUUUGAGAUGCCAUGGGUUCUGAACGCAGCCUUCAAAAUAAUAAAAUCUUGGCUUCCCACAAAGGCGAUUCAGAAAAUAAAAUUUGUCACCAAAGCUACCCUCAAGGAUUACGUUGAACCGGACAAUGCUCUGAUCGCAUGGGGUGGAAAUGAUAAUUACUCUUUUACGUUCAUUCCUGAAGCACAAGCAACAUCAGGGCUGACUAAUGGAAGAUUUGAGAACAAAAAGGUUCAUUUUGAUGACGGGUCACCAAUGACUGAACAGGGGCCCAGUGGAUUUGGGGAUCAUGAAAGUGAAGAACCUUUGUUAUUCAUAGAAUCAGAAGUGAUAUCAUUUAGAAAAGAAAAGGCGGAGUAUACUGGAACGAUAUCGAUAAAAAAUAUCGCUUCGGACAAGUGUGUUACUUAUAAGAUUAAAACAACCUCACCAGAGAAAUUCAGAGUUCGCCCUAGUACUGGAAUUUUAAAACCUGCACAGACUACUCAAAUUACCGUAAUGCUACAAUCUGGUUAUACUUUACAUGGGCUUCCUCGCAAUGAUAAAUUUUUAGUCAUGUGUCUGCCAGUUAAAGAUGCGAAUACUUCCGCACAGGAACUCAAUGAAAUCUGGAAGACCUCGGGAAAAAAUGCAAAACAACAUAGAUUGGGAUGCGCGGGAGCAGGUGGUGAAAAUGAAGAGCCAUCGAAGUCGGCGUUGUAUAGUAACUCCGGAAGCAAUGGUGACCGAACCAUAGAUCGACUGGUUUCUAGGGUAACACAAUUAGAAGACUGCCAUAGCAGGCACCAUGCAGAACUAUUGUUUGUUAAACGAUUGCAGAUACAAGUACAAUUGAUCUCGAUUGCUCUAAUUGUUUUCAUGGCGAUAGCAAUCGUUUAUAUACUCAGAUCCGAUAUUAGGAAUGCAGCUGAUCAAGUGUGUCAUCAUCGUCAAUAGUAUGUCCGACUUAUUCGGGAAAUAAUAUCUAAUUAUCAUCAAUGGGUACUACUUUCGCCGAUGCAGUUCUAACACACUAGCUACACUACAUGCAGUUGAAUAAUCAUGUUAGAUCACUUUGUGACUAAAAGCGGGCAGAGCAACUUAUGGCGUUGGCGCCAAGGAACAACUGGUAUAAACGGAACUGAACGGGUUAUACUAAUUUUCCACAGAGGUAAUUUAAUGUGCUGAUAUAAGCUUGAAAUUUCCUUCACAUAUUUUUAUAAGCUUUUUUACAUCCUACCCGUAACUAUAUUCUAGAACUGGAUGAUUCGAAAUAUUGUCUAGUCUUGGAUCGUCAGAUGAUUAGCUGUACAAUUUUUCGAAAAAAUGUACACCUUCAUUUUUUGGCGCUUGCUAUAUGACAUCACAGUAUCACUUGAUAUUACGUUAUAUCUAUAUUAUUUUUCUUCUUUUCAUUAUCAAUCCAUACAGUACAAGUGCGCAUUAUAUCAGAAUUUGUUGAUCCCUGAGCUGAAACUUUGAUUACUUCGUAUUCUCAGUUCUUUUCUAAAACUAACGUGACUUCCAGAAUAUAUUUGUCUAAAACUAAUGAAAUUCAACACAUUUGUCGUGAUUCAAAGUUUAUCAAGUACGUAGGAACGGUAAAAACCGGUGACUCCUUGACUGCCUAAUAAUUAUAAUAUAAUCUAUUUUCGUUGGACUUUACCCUAAUGCAUAUGAGGUAAAGUGAGAAUAGUGUAUUCAAUUUCAAUUUUCUUUGCUACUUCAUGUUUUAUUUCAUAAAUCUAUCUAAAGUCACAAAAAUAAUUUUAAGUACAAACUUUAUACGAAACAUUGUUUUUUCAGUCCUUACUAUAUUCGUACUUUUCUACGUGUAAUAUACCCGAUACGUUAUAAUAAUAUAAUUAUUAUUGUCGUGUAGGUUUGUUGUUAUAUCCUUUCUGCAGGUUAUUAUUAGAUUUUAAUCAUUUGUAUUAAUAGUGUUAUAUGAGACGUAAAAAGCGUUAUGUUCAAAUAGGUAUUUUAUCUACGCUAGGCAGCUACACGAAGAGCCAUUUAAAAGAUAAAAAAUAAAUAAGAUGUUAUUCCCAUGAUAA